AUGUCUAAAAUACAAAAAAAAGAUACAGAACCAUGGGUAGCAAAAUAUAGACCAAAAACAGUUGAUGAUGUUUCAUAUCAAGAAGAUGUUAUUUCAGCAUUAAAGAAAUCAUUAAAUACAGGAAAUUUACCACAUUUAUUAUUUUAUGGACCACCAGGUACAGGUAAAACAUCAACAAUUUUAGCUAUUGCAAUGGAUAUAUAUGGACCAGAAUUAAUGAAACAAAGAGUAUUAGAAUUGAAUGCAUCAGAUGAAAGAGGUAUAGAAGUUGUACGUACAAAGAUUAAAAAUUUUGCAGGAUAUGCAGUGAAUAAAACUACAACGGGUACAAGUAACCCAGGUGCAACUUUUAAAUUGAUUAUAUUGGAUGAGGCAGAUAGUAUGACAACGGACGCUCAAGCAGCAUUACGUAGAACCAUUGAAACCACAUCUAAAACCACACGUUUUUGUUUACUUUGUAAUUAUAUUUCACGUAUUAUCGAUCCAUUAGCAUCGAGAUGCGCUAAAUUUCGUUUCAAACCAUUGGACACAGUGGCAACCAUUGAGCGUUUAAAAUUCAUUAGUCAACAAGAGGGUAUAAAAUGUGAAGAAUCAGUCUACCAAGCAAUUCAAGUGGUUUCCAAUGGUGAUAUGCGUAAAGCUAUCACCUAUCUUCAAUCAGCUUUUCGUUUCUUUGCUAAUAAAAUCUCUGAAGAUGUCAUCUAUAAUAUAGCUGGUUCUCUACCACCACAACUUAUCAAACAGUUGGUAGAUUGUUGUAAAAAGAAUUCUUUCGAUAGAUUACAAUCAAUGGUACAAUCUAUCAUUGCUCAAGGUUAUCCAGUAUCUCAAGUUAUCUCUCAACUCUUUGAUUACGUUUUAACAACUAAAGAUUUAAAUCAAUCUCAAAAAUCUCAUAUCACCAUGAAAAUUGGUAAUGUUGAUAGAAAUCUAAUUGAUGGUUCUGAAGAAUUUCUUCAAUUAUUCGAUUUAUCUUCUUAUAUAAUGAAACAAUUAAAUAAUAAUAGUACUUCAACAAAUGGUGAUGAUAUGUUAAUUGGUUAA